UUGGUUUCAUCCAAAGACACGGCGCGGUCAGCUGGUGGUUUCUGUGGAGUUUACGGACUAACCGCGCAUUGGUGACAUUUAAAGCAGAUAACCUUCUGCGUCUGGCCGAUGCGCGCGUUCAACUCCGCCCACACCACCUCCAGGUCUCUCCACCCUCCCCGUCCUGCGCCUCCAACAUGUGUCUCCGCCACACUAAUGUGCCGUUGUGUGCAUUACCGAGGAUGCAUAAAGGCUGAGGACAGUGCGCGCCCCUGGAUGCGAGCUGCUGAAGUCGCAGCCACUCCACUCCAUGUUUUGCCCUGCCCUUGUGCGCUCUGCUCGCCGUGCAGCGUGCGUCUCCUUUGCAUUUCGACUGACAUAAACACGGGGCAGCUGUGUGUGCGGGAGAAGUUGUUGGCACGCUGAGGCACCAGGUAGCUUCUUCACAAGGAUUUUCUUCAAGCCCGGGAGCGAUCGGACUCGUUGGGUUCUUUUUUUAUUUUGAACAGGAAGAUGAGGUGGACGCACCAGUAUCUUAAGUGAGGAGUGAUCUUCUCUUUUUUUUAUUCUUAUUUUGUAGAUGAACAUCUUAACAUCGCGCUCCCUGGAGAAACCUUUCCAUCAGCCCUUUGGAUUUCUUCUUUCAUUCUGACGGUGCUCUGUGUAUUUCUCUGUGAAACAUUUACCAAGGAUUUCACUGAUGUAUGCGAUGUGGAGACUGCAAGUCGCCUUAUGUACUCUGUCGGUGCUGUCCCUGUCAUCUGGUGGUGAAAGCAAAGCUCGGAGCUGUAGCGAGGUUAGACAAGCUUAUAACGCGAAAGGAUUCAGCCUCGUCAAUGUACCUCAUCAGGAAAUAUCAGGUGAGCACCUGCGUGUCUGUCCUCAGGGAUACACCUGCUGCACGUCUGAGAUGGAGGACAAACUCAACCAGCAGAGCAAACUGGAGUUUGAGAAUUUGGUGGAGGAGAGUAGCCACAAUAUGAGGACGACAUUUGUCUCCAGGCAUAAAAAGUUUGAUGAGUUUUUCUUGGAGCUGCUGGACAAUUCUGAGAAGUCUCUCAACAGUAUGUUCACGCGGACGUACGGGAAGCUGUAUAUGCAGAACUCUGAGGUGUUCCAGGACCUGUUCACUGAGCUAAAGCGCUACUACACAGGGGGCAACGUCAACCUGGAGGAGAUGCUGAAUGACUUCUGGUCCCGGCUGCUGGAGCGCAUGUUCCAGCUGCUCAAUUCCCAGUACCACUUCACAGAUGACUACCUGGAGUGCGUCAGCAAAUACACAGAUCAGCUCAAACCUUUUGGAGAUGUGCCCAGGAAACUGAAAGCCCAGGUCACCAGGGCCUUCAUCGCUGCACGGACGUUUGUCCAGGGGCUCAUGGUGGGUCGGGAGGUCGCCAACAGGGUCGCCAAGGUAAACAUAGUUCCUGCAUGUGUCAGAGCCUUGACCAAGAUGCUGUACUGUCCGUACUGCCGUGGUAUGCCUGGACUGAAACCCUGUCACAACUACUGUCACAACGUUAUGAGAGGCUGUCUAGCAAACCAGGCAGACCUAGAUGCUGAGUGGAACCUCUUCAUUGAUGCCAUGCUGCUGGUGGCAGACAGGCUGGAGGGACCCUUCAACAUCGAAGCGGUCAUCGAGCCGAUCGACAUCAAGAUCUCAGAAGCUAUCAUGACCAUGCAGGACAACAGCAUGCAAGUGUCAGCCAAGGUUUUUCAAGGGUGUGGUCAACCAAAACCAUCAGGAAUAGGCAGGUCUGCACGGGGAAUCUCAGAUGUGUUCAGCACUCGCUUCAGACCCUACACUCCUGAAGAGAGGCCCACCACAGCAGCUGGAACAAGCCUGGAUAGACUGAGGGUUGUGUGGAGGACAAUGCAACACAGUGUGACUGACAUCAAAGAGAAGUUGAAGGAGUCCAAGAGAUUCUGGUCCAACUUACCGGAUGACAUCUGUGCCAAGGGCAAACUCACAGAGUCCGAUGAGGAGCAGUGCUGGAACAGCCACACUAAGGGCAGAUAUUUUCCUGAAGUGGUGAAGGAGGGUCUAACCAACCAGGUGAACAACCCAGAGGUGGACGUGGACAUCACCAGACCUGACACACUGAUUCGACAGCAGAUCAUGGCUCUACGUGUCAUGACUAACAAGCUAAAGAAUGCCUACAAUGGAAAUGACAUCUACUUCCAAGACUCCAGUGACGAGGGCAGCAGCUCUGGCAGUGGCAGUGGCUGCUCUGACGGCUGCACAACAGAAUUUAUUUUUGUUGGAACAGAGGCUCCAGUGAUCGGAGCCGACAGAAGCGACGAACGCGCAGCAGCCGCAGCCGCAGGCAAGUCGCUUUCCUGCGGACCCUCUACACUGCUGGUGAUGACCGCCCUCACAUUCCCACUUUGGGCAAUGCAGACUCAAUGGAGAUAAUAUAGUGUGGCCCAAUCACUGACUUCUAUACUGUUGCGUAACAGUAUGUUUAACAGCAAGUUAUACUGCUGUUCCCUCACUGGACAUGUAGAACCUCCUGGAAACCUGUCAAGAAUGGCUUACUGUAUGGUAUGGUAGGGUUGGAAGUGAGUGCAGUGCUGCAUCCUGCUUGUCCCCCAAAGAAUGCUCGGUGCCAUCAGUGAACAAGCUUUCACAUCUCUGAAACAAACAAACAAAAACAAAAAAAGCAAAUGUGGUGUUUUCUCAUUAUUCUAAAGUGAGUUUUGAAAAACAUGUUUCUCUUUUAGGAAAUGAAACGAAUCUCAAGAUGGUUCUGUCAGUGAUUUUACUGAUAAAGGGGAAUCUAUUUUUCUUUUCCUUUGUACGAUGAAGUGAAAAACAUGACAACCAUGUUAUCCUAUUAGUCGUCUCCCCCUCAAACAAAAGCAGAAAGUUUUACUGUGUGCAUGCGUGGAUAUGAUGUUAACUGACAAAAACAUUUUUAGUUUCAUUUUGGUUUUGGUUUGUUUUAAAUGCAGGCUACACAGCUUUGGAUUGGCUGGUACAGGAUUGUACAGUGCUAGCAGUUCACCUGGUUUCCCGUUCCCGGUCAUAUCAGUGUGGCUUCAGGAAGCAGCAGGUCUUGCAGCCACUUUAUUGUUGCACAUUUGAUUAUUUCUAAGGAAGUGCUAAUGUACUGCACUAAGCGAACUACUUUGCACAGAUUAUUUUUGUUGGCUUCAUAAGUUUAUAAAGCUACAGGAAACAUCCACCCCAUAGAGAAAAGUUCUAUAUUUUCAGAUCAUUUAACUGAUUGUAUUGUACUUAUAAGCAGUUACAGUAUGUAUUUCACUGGAGCAUACUGUAAUCUUAUUGGCUUAGUUAAUGGCUACAUUCUAUUUUAUAAAUGUAUUUCUUUUUACAAAUUAUCUGACCGUCUGUAAAGUAAAAACAAAACAAACAGAAAAAGAACAUUUCUGCAACAACACUAAGCCAUUAUACUAAAAUUGCCUGCUAAUAAUGUUCAGUUACCUGAUUUACUCUCUUCUGUUUGGGUAGUUAAUAUGCACUUACAUGGUUCCUUUUAUUCUCAGAGGAGUGAUAUGAGGAUUAUGCUAAUGAAAAUUUAACUUCAUUUAUUUUCUUGUAUCUCACACAUUAUUCAUUUAGAAUUAUGAUUUAUUUUGUUUGGGUUUUUUUUGUUAGUUGUUCAUAUUACAUAUAUUAAGGGUUCCAAAUCCUAGUUUCUCUCAGCUUACAAGCAACUCACAUCUGAAGCAUCAUACCGAAAUUAGCAUGUUCUUGUUGAGAACCAACUCCUACAGGCUGUAUAUGUGGUCAUAUAUUCUUAUAGCAUGUACAAAAUGUCAGCAGGGUGCAAAGGUUAGAAGGUUAUGGCUUUCUCUUUGAACAAGUGUUACUAUUCAUAACCUUCAUUCUGUCCCCUCCAGGCUUUGAUCUUUCAGUGGCUCCUGAGGCUUAAGGAGCAAAGCAAAACGCUUGCCCAGUGGCCAUAGAGGAAAGGUAGCCUCCAAAAAUGUUGCAGGUAUAGUCUUGAAAUAAACAAAGGACCAAAUGUUUGAAAAUGUUACAUAAAAGCAAGCCUCUGAGGCAUCCACCCUCCUGCUAGAGUGUGCCUGGAGGACCCAAAGCCAUCAGCUCAUAAGCACUGAAAUGUUUUCACAAUACACAGGUCCCUUAUCUCAACAGGGACCUUGCCUAAAUGCAUCGCUGGAACAAAUUAAUAGCUACUGGAAGCAUCUCAAAGAGACUCUGUUUCACAUAGCAAGGCAAGCAUAGGACUUAAGAAGGGAAGAAUGGGGGGGGGCGCACAAAGGGUACAAGCACAAAGUUUGCUCCAGCAGUGUGGAGCACUAUAUAAGAAAUGGAGAAUGAUCUCCAAAUCUUCUAUUCUUUCAACCUUCGUACAUUCCUGUUAGCAGCUAAAGUUUCAUUUUUUGCACAGAUGUUGUGCAUACUUCAAGUAAAUUUCCACAAAAUUGUCAAAAGAAAAUUAAAAUCAAUGCCCAUUUCAAUACAAUGCUGUCAUGUUUGUAUUAAAAGUUAAGCACUGAGACAUAAGGGAAAUCUGUCCUCGAUGUGUUAAUAUGAUUUACAAAAAAGACCCUGAACACCAGAGGAAGCUCCCUCAGCACAACAGUUGAUCUCCAUCAUCUUACUCCUUGCAGAAAUCGCUUUAGGAGAAGGCGACUGAACAGCAGCCUCCCACUCACUCACUGUUGCGUAAAUCCUAAUUGUAAAAAGCAUCAGAGGCUUCGAAACCAAAGCUCAAAGAACACUGGAAUGAUUAACACAAGGUCCUACCUAGACAGAAAGUCCAGGCAGUUGCAUUUAAUCUGUUCUUAGUUUGCACAAUUAAGGACCUGCGUGUCUGAGGUGAAUACUCAGGCAUAAAUUAAAACAAAAUGUGACUAAGUGAAACGGAAACAGACUUACUGAAUAAGUCAUGAUGUAUAAGAAGAUUGUGACCAGAAGCUCUUUAGAAGAGACGAAAAUGGGGGUAUUUAGAAACAUUGGAUGUGUGGACAAAAGAGGAGACUGUAACCUUCAUCGAGUUUUUACAUAAAACAAGCAUAUAAAUGCCAACUUGUUUAUCAUUGUUUCUGAAUGGCUUUCUGUUUUUGAGUCGACCGCUUCUCUUUUGAUUGUCAUUUUUUUGUGCCUUCUUCAACAGCUGAAUGUCAAUCGCAGUAGAGUUUUGACACUGUCAACUGUUUAUCUCAGUGCCCAGCUUCUAAUAUUGACAAAAAUGGAUGGAAAAUGACACAAGUUGCAUGAUCUUUAGCCAGUUUUGUGGAAAUUUACUUAAGACGUGCACUUCAUCCACAUAGUGUACCUCAUUUACUGUCCAACACUUUGAGUGUCCAAAUUCUGGAAUUUUUUUCUAUGUAGUGCCCUCAAAACUGUUAAAUUCUAGCAAUGCGCAACAUUAGACAAAUAUCAAAAUGGCAACCAGGUGAUCUGAAAUGUACACUGGCAGUCAAUAGAAACUUUGAGACCAUAUUUUUCAACAUAAUUUUUAUUUUGAAGCCCGAAACUGGAUUUUCUUCAUAUGAAUCAUUUGUUUAGCAUAUUGGCAUACAGAAACAAAAAUCUGAAGUUUCAAGAAUGAUUUCAAAAUAAAGAAUUUCACAAAAGAAAACGGCACCUGCCAAACACAAAGUCACAACAGUCAAUACCGAGUAUGGCCUCCAUUUGCUUCGAUGCAGGCAGCAAUCCGUCGGCGCAUGCUUUGGACCAGGCUUCUGAUUGUGGGUUGGGAACAGCCCAUACGCCUGGCUACAUCACUGUAGCUCAAACCGGCCUCCACCAUACCCAGUGCCCGGAGACGUUGCUCAUGUGAUAGACGCAGCAUGAUGCUGUUCACUGGACUAACAAUGGUGGCCUUUUUUGGGCCUUUAUAUAGGCCUUCAAACCCAUUCUCACAUUGUGCAGACACUCACUGAGUAUUGCUUGGUGUGUAUUUGGUUCACUUUUGCAAAGUGACCAACCCAUGUGCAGUGAAUCAUGACAAAACGACAACUCAUGAUUAUCUCAACUACCAGGGCACUAGAUCAUCAGUAAAUCCACAAUGAAUAAUUACAACCCCCCUACAAGUAGAAUUCUGCCUACAUUUCUACCUCAAGGUUUCUAUUGACUGUCAGUAUAGAUAAUUUGCAAAUACAUGGAAUCAGGUGCCUAGAUAGCUAAGCAGUUUGAACAGGUGACUCAUGAACAGGGGCUGUAGUCCCUGACGCUGCGGCAUGGAUUCAAUUCCCCGCUCACAGCCCUUUGCUGCAGGUCUACCCCCCCCCCCCCCCCCCCCCCCCCCCAAUUCUUCUCCUUACUUUCCUGUUUGCAUCUUCACUAAUUUGUCAAAAACCUAAUUGUGUGGAAUCAGAAUUGAUAUUCAUGCAGUUGUGUUCAUUAUAUAAGGACUAAUGAAAGAAUCAGGGAUCGAUUUUGAACACUGCAGGGUACUCACCAGUAACACCAGAUAAAGAAUGGGAGACCUUCUCACUUCACACCCCUUUACGAAGAUCAUAACUUGUUGGCCUAAAAGACUUAAAAUGCAGUUUAUAGAUGGACACCAGAGCUCACUGUAGCUAUGUUAGGAAGCAAUGCCUUAGUCAUAGAAGUCCAUUCCAUUGAAGGUCAAAGCCUAUAUGAGAUAGAACCAUGACUGCAAUGGAAACUUUGCAAAUGAACAUAAUUGACCCAUCUCUCUAAAUCUAAAAUGGUAAUUAUGCAGAAUUACAUGGGUUCCACUCUUUCCCACUUGUCUCUUCAUAUGUAUGUUUUGAAUAACUUGAGUGUCCUCUGCCAGUUCAUGGUGCACAGAGAGCCCUAGCUGUGUCUGACGAGUGAAAACAAACGAGUCUGAACUCACUUCAUUAGCAAAAGCAUCAGCUGGUGCUAUUUCAGUGGGUCAGACAGAUGAGACAGGUGGGAGGACAUCCAGCUGUAACUGUUUGCAGCGUGCUGAAUGUUGAAUCAAAUACCAUUAAAGUAACUAGCUGUCGGUCCUAAUGUGCAAUGCCAGUUUUCCUGAUCUGCUAGAAUUUAUCCACCCAGGAGUAUAAUCCCGGACAGAAGAUAAUUGCAGUGAAAAGAGGUUUCAUGUAAAAAUCAUGAUCUGUUCGAUGGAGCCGUCGGACUAGUGAAGUGCAGACUCAUAAUUCAAUCUUAAUUCUGGACAUUUACAUUUCUCAGAGAAUAUCUACACUUAAUACUGAAUGUUCAGAUUUUCACUAAUAGGUGUUAUUGUCAGCGUUUUUAUUUUGAUGUUACAUGUAUUGUUCUCUAAAACUAGACUCAAUUGGACAGUAAUAGUUGCAUUCUGAUGAUCUCUGUGCUAUGAUAAUGUUAGAAUUGGCAGAAAUAUACAGUAUACAAGAGGAAGAUUUGUAGAAAAAAGUACAAGUUGGUGAGUUUUGUAUUGCUGCAGUCCAACACAGCCACAUAAACUCACUUUUAAAGUAUUAGAAAACAUUGUGGGGGCAGAUAUUUCUGAGUCAGGGUCAGUGGUGAAGCGGAACGAUCGGUACAGUAUGCGCUUGAUAAUAAGCUGAAGUUAGCGGUGUGGUUUCAGAUACUGGCAUUGUUUAAGAUUUGGCACCGCUGCCUUGUCUGUGAGGUUUAAAAAACAUGUUUUUUUUCAAACACUAAAAACUCAGAAAGCAUCUGCAGCCAUACAAAGGUCGAAUGCACCCAUUAGGGCCUCUGCAAAAUCCGUGAUUGCAGCAAGAGUUUUGGAUGAGCGAGGAUGAAGCAGUGCUUUACUGGUGCUCUUGAAAUACAGUAAAGAAAGUGAAUUGGGAAAGAAUGUUUCGGAAAUUGGUUCGGUUUCUCCAAAGAGCUUGUAUCUGUACAAACAACAGCUUGUGCUUGUGUUUUCUCAUUACGACAAGCUGUGUUACCCUGGACAGACAUACAGAGUAUCACUAUUUGACAUCAUUCAUCGCUUAACCUAUUUUGCCUUUGAGCCAUAUUUCUUAUUAUUAAUUUCUGUCUCGUUCUUUCUCUGGAAUUUCAAAAACUGAAAAAAAAGAGUAUAAUCCUGGUUGGUUGAGUUGUUUUUUUUUUUUUUUCCCAAAAUGUUUAGAACAAAAUUUGUUAUGCAAGAUCUCCAUUUUGAUGUUAAUCGUUGCUGCACUUUUGCUAAAACAUAUGCCGUGAGUGUGGUACUGUUGUGAUUUGCUAAAUCCGUGAACUAAGGAGCACAUUAAUGAUUUUUGGAGGUGUCAGUGCACGCUGUUUCGAGUGUUUUGGGGGAACUGAAGUUGAUGGUUAUACAAGCAGACAUGCCUUACCAUUUUUUUAAAAGACUAAAAUGGAUUGCUUAUUUGGCUUUUGUUACACAUUCUUGUAUACAGAAAAUAAUACAAUGGUAAUAAUAAACAUUUUAUUAAAAAAAGA